AUGUCGUCGUCCUUGUUCUCAAAAUACGAGAUUCCUCUUCCCGACUCAGGCCAGAAGCUGUUGAUCUUGGUUCUUGCGGCUUGUUGCAUCCCGAUUGUGUACUCCAUAACCCUUCACCCCCUCGCUCGGGUUCCGGGGCCUUUCCUCGCCAAACUCUCCGACCUCUGGCAUGCAUACCACCUAUCGACCGGCACUCGGCACAUCCUUCUUUGUGAUCUUCACAACAAAUAUGAACAAGGACUGCACAAAAUAUUCUCGGGCUCCUCCCCCAUCGAAAAAUCCCCUUUCUACAAGGCUUUUGCUCCAGGCUUUCCCAGUAGCUUUGCAGCUGUAGGAGAUGCCUUUAAGCAGAAGAAGUCGAUCCUCUCUCAUGCAUUCGCCCAAAAAAAGCUCGACGCCAUGGAGGUGACCUUUAUGGAGCACACCAUGAAGCUCUACGAAGCGAUGGUCGCCCAAAAGGUCGUGGAUCUCGACCAAGCCCUCUCGGCCUUGACCAUCGAUAUCCUCUCGGAUGUCUGUUUUGGAGAGACCUUUGAUCUGAUCCACAAUCCGGCAGAAAAGGCAAGGGUUAGCGAUGGCUUGGUACAAGCUGCGAAAUGGGUAUCACUGGAAGGGACAAUUUGGAGAUGGCCGUUGCUGCAAAAGAUAGUCAGAGCACUGUCCAAUAAGUUCACCACCCGUCAGUACCCGGCGCAGAAACGCAAUGCCUCGCGUAGAGAAGACAUCUUCAAUUAUCUGUUGACGGCCCAAAAGCCCGAGACUGGUGAACCGUUCCCUGAUCCAGAGUUGUUCGGAGAAGCCAUCAUUCUGUUUGUUGCAGGAUCUGACACCACCUCGACCGCUCUUCUGACCACACUGUGGCACCUGAUAUCUCAUAAGGAGACCUACAAGACUCUGGCCGAGGAAAUAAGGUCCAAGUUCAGCUCGAUUGAUGAUAUCACCUACCAGGAGGCCCAACAUCUGCCAUAUCUCAGAGCAGUGAUCGAAGAGGGCUUGAGAAUAUUCCCUCCAAACUCUGGGUUCAUACCGCGCCAAGUCAUCGAUUCACCUCGGCCAUUCACCCUUCACGACGUGGUCAUUCCUCCUGGAGUCCAAGGUCUUGCUUGGGAAGAACCGUUGCUCCUGGAGCUUGACAUGGAGUUUCAAGAUCCGUUGAGUGAAUCAAGAAAGGGAUACACACCAACCGAUUCAUUUGUGUUGGUCAGGCCUCAUGUUCGGGUGCUAGCAAAGCGCCGCAGCAAGGAGGAGUGUGCAUAA